AAGAGAGAACUUUGAGAAAUGGAUUCCAAUUUCUUUCAUUUCCAAGACUCUGAAUUCUCGCCGGAAUCUUCAUCCGGGUCACCUAAACCUUUCUCUUGGGAUGGGAUUACCUUCAAGGAAGAAGCGCUCCCAUUCAACGAGAACGACUCGGAGGAGAUGCUCCUCUUCGACAUGCUUGCAGAGGCCCCAAAAGAACCAUCGAACACCCUCUUCUCAAGGCGGAUUAAGGAAGAAGAGGUGAACUUGAAGGUUGCAGACAAGGAGAAGGCCAAGCAGAACAGCUACCGCGGGGUCCGCAGGCGACCUUGGGGCAAAUUUGCCGCGGAGAUAAGGGACUCGACUAGGAAUGGGGUUCGGGUUUGGCUGGGGACGUUCGAUAGCGCAGAGGCAGCUGCGCUUGCCUACGAUCAGGCAGCAUUUUCAACACGGGGUUCGUUGGCUGUCCUCAAUUUUCCAGUGGAGAGAGUCCAGGAGUCGCUUCGCGGAUUAUCAUACCAUGAUAAUGAGGUGUCCCCUGUGGUAGCUCUCAAGAAAAGGCACUCCAUGAGGAAGACCUUGAGUAGGAAAAGGAAAGAGAGAGAUUUGAAGAUAGAGGAUGUGCUGGAAUUAGAAGUUUUAGGGGUUGAUUAUCUGGAGGAGCUUCUUAGUUCAUCUGAUGUAGCUUGUCCUUGGUAAACUCUCUCUCUCUCUCUCUCUCUCUCUCUCUCUCUCUCUCUCUUCAUUGUUUUCCCACCUUCA